AGGAAGAAGAAGCAGCAGGAGAAGCAAAAGAAAGGCGCAGCUCGUAAAACUUAAACUGUUUUAAAAAGGAAUUGUUGCAGAACUAGACUAAUAUUAAGUUAAUCGAUUGUCAGGAAAUGCUCUAAGGCCCGGGGAAGUCCCCAUCGAGUGAGUUUCAGCAUUCUGAGUGAAAACUGCGAGAACAAACCGUUCGAGUCCCGAACCCCGAAAAUUCGCCGAUCCAGUGAAAGAUACUUCUAGAAGUCCGUGUAGCCAUUAAAGCCAUCAUGACCAAUCUGGAGAAGCAGCACGAGAUGGUGAAGCGCAGUUUGGUGCAGUUCAUCAGUGGCCAUAUCCCAGGAGCCGACUUUAGCGUGGUGGACGAGAUCGUCCUGUCAUACAUCAUCUCGAUUUUGGAAGAGGCCUCGCAGGACCCGUGCUUCGAUGUGGAGGGUUUCGUUGAGAUGAUGGGCGCCUACUUUGAAAAGUUUCCAACCAUUGACCAAGGCAUCAUCUGCGACUGGAUCUACAAGCUGGCCAACGAGCUUACCGAGAUGGAGAAAAACCAAGGAAACCAUGACACCAUCAGCUUGUCGCUCAACUCCUUGAGCCUGUCGAGCAUUAUUCCGGAGUCAAAGUUGCGAGCUCGCAACUCUUCCACUUCCGAAAAGGACGAGCUGUCCUCAAACAGCAGCAGCAGCGGUGGUGGAGGGAACAGCAAGCGUUCCCAGCAUUUGUCGGAGACCAGUGAUGGAGGAUCCACCGACAGCUCCAGCUCCACUUGCGACUACUUCCUGGACGAAACUGAAGUGCUCCAGGAAAUGUUCCCGGAUUCGGCCAUUGCCGAGAUAAAGCAUUGCAUCGCCAUUUCCAAAGGCGACAUUGAUAGCGCAACCCAGAUCCUCUUGCAUCGCCAGGAAACCAACCAGUGUAUUACUGACAAGUCCCAUACAACUUACAUCAAGAAGAAUGUUGUAGUGGACGAUAAUGAGCUCAAAAAUCGCAUCAUCGCCAGGUACUCCUAUGUCGACAAGAACGCCACCCAGCGUGAGUACAAACCAGUGGUGCCGAAAAUGGAGCCGCGCAAGCUGGUGCGCUACCGGGACAAUAAGAUCGUCUCGCUCAAGGGCGAGCGGUACACCGAGAUCAAGCGUGACGAAGAUGCUGAGUUAAAAAAACCCAAGAAGCAGAUUCAACCGUAACUAAAGAG